GUGACCGCCACAUCACCUGACCCGGCGCGACAGGAAGGUGAAAGUCUUGGGCGCGGGCUUCCUGGCGUGAUGAGGUUCCGGUUCUGUGGUGACCUGGACUGUCCUGACUGGGUCCUGGCAGAGAUCAGCACGCUGGCCAAAAUUUCCUCCGUGAAGCUGAGGCUGCUGUGUAGCCAGGUGCUGAAGGACCUUCUGGGACAGGGGAUUGAUUAUGAGAAGAUCCUGAAGCUCACCGCUGAUGCCAGGUUUGAGUCGGGUGAUGUGAAGGCCACAGUGGCAGUGCUGAGUUUCAUCCUCUCCAGUGCGGCCAAGCAUAGCGUGGAUGGCGAGUCCUUGUCCAGUGAACUGCAGCAGCUGGGGCUGCCCAAAGAGCAUGCAGCCAGCCUGUGUCGCUGUUAUGAGGAGAAGCAAAGCUCCCUGCAGGAGCACCUGCGGGCCUGCAGCUUGCGAGUGAAUAGGCUGGCAGGCGUGGGCUGGCGGGUGGACUACACCCUGAGUUCUAGCCUGCUGCGGUCCGUGGAAGAGCCCAUGGUGCACCUGCGGCUGGAGGUGGCAGCUGCCUCGGGUGCCCCGGCCCAGCCUGUUACCAUGUCCCUCUCAGCAGACAAGUUCCAGGUCCUCCUGGCAGAACUGAAGCAGGCCCAGACCCUGAUGAGCUCCCUGGGCUGAGAAGAAGAGCUCAUGGGGCCCAUGUGGAGCUGCCCUCCGAAAUUCUCUUCAGGGGGUGCCCCAGCUCCAGGACCCUAGGGGCCUGGCCUCCUGGAUGUCUGGCUUCCUAGGUUACCACCUGAGGAUUCAGCCUAGGGAUCCUGAACACUCUUGCAGCAUUGUCUUCCCUCCCCCAUGAAAGGCACAUGUCAGUGGUUUUCAUGAGAAGGAAGAAUAAACAGAAGUGUAAGAAGUGUAAAGAAGUGUGUGCAU